CAUUUUGUCUCUUCCAGUUGCAGCAGAUGGUCUCAUCGAUUUCAUUUUUGCCUCGUGUUUACUAUAACCUCGCUGAUGAUCUUAGUCAACCUAACCUGCUUUUACAAUUUAUAGUUAUAAUAUAACUCCUGUCACAUGUAUCUUCGACUUUUGACAAAUCUUUGCGAGCGAUCCUUAUAUCGCGCUUCGAGUAAUGUCGGACUCCGGUUCAACAGAUCGUGCCACGCUGCGAAUAAAAACGAGGAAAAACAAGAGGCGAAAAUUGUCUCGACAAGGUUUCCCGAUUACAAAGUAAUCUAUAUCUUUCCUUACAUCAGAUACAUCAGUGCCAUAAAUAAAGUAAAAUUUCAAUUGACUGUGCUCACUGCAACGGCUGUGCCUGUGAUAGCUGGACUUUACUCGACCAAUAUCAUGUCGCUGGAAAUGGCCAUUUCAUCGAUAGCAAGCGGUGUUUCAACAACAAUAUGGAUACACAGUCUUGGAAUUUUCUGCAAUAAUCUCAUAGGAUAUGUAUAUAUAAACUUGGAUAAACGAAAAGUAAUAUUAUCUUACGUAGACUACUGGGGGAAGAGAAUAGACAUGGAGACCACUAUCAAUGAAAUUAUUCCCAUGUCGGACAAUGCCAUCGGUAUCACCAAUUAUCUGUACAGGGAAAUACUAUUCACUUCACAAAAACAAAAGUUGAAGAUAAAUAUGAAGCUCGGACGAAUAUUCGAUAUGGACACAUUUAAAUAUACUCUAGGAACAGAUUAAAGUUUAAAUAUAUUCCAUUCACAUGUAUAUGUGUAAAUAUACCGUAUAUAAAAUCACAUCAAUUCAA